GAGUGGGGAUUUUAUCUUAAGAGCAGUGGGGAGUCAGUGAUGGGUUUUAGACAGAGGAGGGGAUGAUCGAAUUUCUAGUUAAGGAAGCUCCCCUGUCCGCAAGGAGGAGGGAGGGCCACUGAGAACAAGACCAGAGGCAGGGAGGUUGGGCGGUGCCCACACGGGCACAGGCCGACAAUCUCUCAAGGGUCUGCGCUCAGGCCGCAGCAGUGGGCCGGGAGGAGGGCGGGGGCUGUAGGAACUUGCUAAGGAGGUGAGACUCACAGGACGGGUGAUAGGCUGGGUGUGGGGGCAGAGGAAAGACCCUGGGAUGGUCCCAGGCCCCUGCUUGGAUGCUUGGCCGGGUGUUGGUGCCUUCACUGAUCUGGGGACAUGGGAAGAGAGGCUGGAUUAUUUGCAGGGAGAUACUGAACUCAGGCUGAGUUCCAAGGUCUCUCUUAGCGUCUAGCACAGUGCCUGGUAGACAGGAAGCCCUCAGUAUAUAGCUAUGGAGGAAAUGAAUGAGUGAAUGAAGGAACGAAUGAGGUCCCACAGCCUUCAUAGCCUCACAAUUCAAGCAGCUGCCCUCUGAGUCCCUACCUCCUUCCGCUCCCACCUGAGUCCUGGCUGCUGGUGCCCCAGCCACGAUUACUUUGCCAAAGAAUUGCUCUGGCACUGGGAGGUUUCUUCGUGCAAAAAGCAUCAGUUAUGGCCCCCAAGUCCCCAGGGGUGGGUGGCCUGGUCUCUUGAUCCUUCCUAAUGCCCCCCCUCCCUGGGUGGCUCCACUCUAGCCGACAUCCACAAUGCCUGGCACUGAAGAAGCCCAAGGCCCAGCCCCGCCCAGGCUGCAAAGGGUCCCUGUCCGAGGAGACUCACACCACUCCCAGGGCCACCUCUACAGGGCACUGCAGAGUGCAAGAUGCCGAGGAUGCCAGGUGAUGCUCCUUGUUUCUCUGACUGAAGAGUUCACAGGGAUCUCUGCGGGGAUGCACUCCUUCCUCAGCCCCUGCCCCCACAUCCCGUGAGAGUGCCUGCCAUGCUCACACCGAUGUAGGAGAGGCCUGUGGGCAGGAUGGGCCUGGGCAGGAACACAGCAUCUGUUGGGAACCUGGGCCAGGGAUGGGGGUGGAAUGUGGCUAUAGCCUUGACGAAGCUACGGCUGGGACUGGGAGAGACAACUAAGGACAGGCCAUCCUGUCUUGAAAGAAGCUGAAGGACCAACAGGCUGAGACCCAGGGAACAGAACAGCCAAGUCAGGAGGGCAGGCUCCCAUAAGGCCAUGGCCAGGGGCUGGCCCAGCAGGCACCCGAUCCCUGGGCCCCUAAAGCUGGCUGCCCUAUGGACUCUCACAGAGGGGAAGACCCCUGGCCAGGUGCAACUCCCUGGACUCCCUGCCAUUCAGGGCAGUGUUGGUUGGCAUGGGGGCAGGCAAGCAAGAUCCCAAGAUCUCCUGGGAUGGCCCCAGCAAAGCCAAAGAUGGAGGUGCAGGAUGCAGGCUCCACUCCCAGACCACAGGACUCUCCAUCACAGAUCCUAACACCCACCGGGGCCCCAACCCCCUGCCCCACGAGAUCCACCACCACACUGGCAUUUCCCUCCCUCAUUAGACUGUGAGCUUCCAGAGGGGAGGCAGCCCAGCCCACCCUGGGACCGAGGAAGGUUGUUAAAUAAAAUGAAGCACAGGGACUGGGUAGGUUCAUGAGUACGGAAAGAGGCAGGCCUCAGUUUCCCCCUCUUUGCAGAAGUCAGCCAGGCAUCCACCAGAGGUCUGGGGGCAUGGGGCAGGGUGGAAGAGAGUGGAAGAGCAAGAAUUGGGGGAGAGGGCUCCCUGCUGGGAGGGAAGGGACAGAAGAAAGGACAUAAAGAGGCAGGCCCUGCCAGAAAGAAAUCUCAGCCCUCCACAUAACACCUGUGAGGGUCCCAGUCCCAUCCCCAUCUGCUCCCACAGAUCCAUGUCUUGCUCACAGGCACCAGCUGGGCACAAACGAUCACGCACCCACAUGUGCAGCACACGCACACACACAGGCACACGUGCCAGCCCAGAGCUUCCCCCAAGCCUGGGGUCCACCUCCAGCCACCUGGCCCCUGACCAGAGCAACCAGACUCUCCAGGGCUAUGGGUGCCCUCUCACCCUGUCCCAGCCCUAGAGCCUGAUGCUGACCUGGAACCCCAAAGGAGAUACCCAAAGGCAGAGGGGCGAGGGAGCCACACCAUAAAGCCAGAGGAAAGCAGAGGAGGAAGCUGGGAGGCAGUGUCUCUGGCUAAGCUUGGGACACCUGUCAGCACAGGCACUGCCAUGGGUCCAGGCUUUGGUGUCAGGCGAGUUGCGGCCUAGGAGGCCUCCCCACUCACCAAAGUCCAAAGAGCACAGGUGUGGCCGCCUUGUGGCGUCAUCUCCAUAAGGCCUGCCUGCUCGCCCAGGGCCCGCCUGAUCACAGGGGCUCUGCCUGUGGCCGCUAGCAGAGAAGCUACUGGCCUCCCACCACCAGCACCAGACCACCAGCUCAAACACCCGCCCCUCGGGGGCAACAGCCAGCCGGCCUCGCUGGAACCAGGUAAGGGCCUGAUCCUCAGGAAGAUUAGGGCCCAGCCCAACCGCAGGGGACCCCAGGGCUGUGGGGGCAACUCAGUGGCUUCCCAGGCCAGGGUCUCCAGCCCAUUCCCAGAUGCAGCCAGGAGGAGCAACCUCAAGAAGGCCUGGGACUGAGGCGCUGGCCGGGAAGCAGGACCGGGGAGCCAGGGUCCAGAAGCAUCUGGGCUGCUUCUCCGAGGGUCGGGAUGCAGACACCCCUUCCCUGCUUCAAGCCACUAAAUUCAGGGGAUAAAUGGGGGAAACUGCCCCUGCCCCAGGGGGAAGGCAGGCCAAACCCAGCCCCCUCCCUGCCUCGACUUGCCCACGGGGACCCACAGGGACCAUCCUGGCCUGGGGGACUUCAGGAGCAGGGCUGACCACAGCCGAGCUCACUUUCUCUCCUUUCUCUUCCGUGUCUAGAAGCAGGAAGUGCUGUAGCCUGGGGGGAGCUGGGGAGACAGGGAGCAGGUUUCUAGCACCCUUACCCUUGGAGAGGAAAGGGGUCCCUCAAACAAGGCAAAUAGAGCACCAGCCACCUCCUCCACAAUCCCUUAGAUGUUUACUAGCAACUGACCUCCCCAUCACUGAGUCAUCUUAUGAGAUCCUCUGUUAUUUUCAUAACACUGCUAAUAAAUGGGUGUGGGCCACUGUCUUAUACUUUGCCCAGGGUAUUCCAGGGUUUCUGUACAACUCAGGUGCACCACAUAGAGGCAUGGAUGCCCACAAAACUCACAUCCUAUUCAUGAUAUAGACACACCUCAUUCAAAUAACACAUACCCUUGAUCCACAAGUUCAGUUAGCUCCCGCCCUGGCCCUGCACACACAUACGCACCACAUUGACCUCCAUCCCAUUUCAACAUAUUCUAGACCCCUCUGUGCCGAGAAGGCGCUGGGGAGAUGGGGUGGCAGGUCUGUCCUCAGGAGGUCACAGCCCAGUGACAGUGUUAUAUACAUAUAACAUAUGUAAACAGUUAAAGCAUGGAGUUGGCAGCCAGACUGGGCAGGUUCGGUCUCCAUUAAAUACUUACUUGUGACCUCAGGCGAGGUCCCUCUUUGAGCCUCAGCAUCCUCAUCUGGUAAAUGGGCUAAUAACAGUAUCCACCUGGCGAAGUUGUUUCCAGGAUUAAAUGAGAAGGUAACAUCCAUGGAACAGCGCUCAGCACAGACAGCCAAGGAAGAAUGAGCGAAGGUAGUGAAAAUUAAAGGAGGGGCUUGCACCAGGCUCACAGCACUAACCAGGGGGCUGUCCUUAGGGAGGAACGCACAAGGUUCUGCAUGGCAUUAGGAGGCCACUCUGGGCAGGGUAGGGUGUGGUGAUCAAGGAGGGCUUCACUGAAGAGGUGAUACUUGAGCUGGAAUGUAAAGUGUUGGGUGAGGAGGGGCUCUGGGCAGAGGGUUCAGAGUAUGGAAAGACAAAGAGACAGGAGACUUGGUCAGACAUUCAGGGAAGUGCAGAUCACUGACAAAUCCUACAGAGCCCCAUCAUAAACGUGCGUACACACAUGCACGUGCACACGCACACACACCUCUCCUGAGCGGGUCCCCACUUUUGGAGCCAAUAUUGGCCUCCUUUCCGUGGCAGAAUGGAAACAGGUUUGGACAAGAGGCUACUUUGGCAGGGAAGGCUGCUGAACCUAACAGCAUCCCUCCAAGAGCUGGGUGUAGCCCAUCCAUCUGGCAUCUUUCACACUCAAGCUCAGGGCGGGACCUGGUCCCAGGUGCCUGGCCACACAGCUUUCCUGGGACCAUCGGAAUGCACUUUAUUGACCAAAUAAUGGGAAGCUGGAGGCUGCCUUGGGGCCUCCCAGGCCCAGCCAGGAUGGAGGGCUCCUCAGUGGAGCACAGGGCUGGAGAUGGCUCCAGAAAGGCCCCUGGAAUGGGGGGCUUUGGGUCUGGUCCCACGUGCUCCAGAUCACAGCCUGGUCCAAGCCUCAGGCCCGGGUCAGAGAGUCAUCUCAGCCGCGUCAACAUGUCCCGGCCCAGCAGCAGAGCCAUUUACCUGCAGCGGAAGGAGUACUCCCAGAACCUCGCCUCAGAGCCCACCCUCCUGCAGCACAGGGUGGAGCACCUGAUGACUUGUAAGCUGGGGGCUCAGAGAGUCCGGGAGCCCAAGGAUGCUCUGCAGAAGCUGCAAGAGAUGGAUGCUCAGGGCCGGGUGUGGAGCCAGGACUUGUUCCUGCAGGUCAAAGAUGGCUGGCUCCAGCUGCUGGACAUCGAGACCAAGGAGGAACUGGACUCUUAUCACCUGGACAGCAUCCAGGCCAUGGACGUGGCACUCAACACCUGCUCCUACAACUCUGUCCUGUCCAUCACCGUGCAGGAGUCAGGCCUGCCAGGCACCAGCACUCUGCUCUUCCAGUGUCAGGAAGUGGGGGCAGAGCAGCUGAGGACGAGCCUGCAGAAGGCCCUGGAUGAGGAACUAGAGCAAAGCAGACCCCGAUUUGGAGCCCUUCGCUCAAGCCAGGACAAAUGGAGGGGGUCUCCUCUGGAAAGGCCACUCCCUAAGGAGCAGGUACCCCCACUGGAGCGGGGGCCCCCUCCAGAACAGCCCCACUGGAUGACCCCAGAGUACAGCAUACCACAGUCCCCAAGGGCCCUGACACGCCACUCCAGUGCCCGCGAACCAAGCACCUUCGCUCUGCCUCCUCCCAUGCGACCCCCAUCCCCCGAGGACCUGGAGAGGGAUGAGGAGGUGCUGAGCCACGUGCUAAGGGAUAUCGAGCUGUUCGUAGAAAAGCUGAAGGAGGCCCAGGCAAAGAUCAGUGGGAUGACACAAGCACAGUACAUCGAUUGCUUCCAGAAGAUCAAGUACAGCUUCAACCUCCUGGGGAAGCUGGCUAUCAGACUGCAGGAGACAAGUGCCCCUGAGUUCAUACACAUCCUCUUCCAAACUCUGGACUUCAUCCUGGCCCAGUGCCCUCAGCCUGGCCUAGCAGCGCAAGUGAUCUCACCCCUCCUCACCCCUAAAGCCAUCGACCUGCUGCAGUCCUGUCUGAGCUCACCUGAGAAUGACCUCUGGAAGGGACUGGGUGUGGCCUGGACUACCAGCCGGGCCGACUGGACAGGCAAUGAGCCCCCACCCUACCAACCUACAUUCUACGAUGGUUGGCAGCCUCCAAAACCCUCCAACCAGGCACCCUCAGGAUACCAGGACUCUCCUUCCCUCCGGUGCCAAUCCAUUUUCACAAAACUACCCACACAUGCCUCUGAUUUCCCAGUGCUCAGCCCUAGGUUAGGGAGUACCUCACACUUCACUCAAGAGGAGACAUACAACUAUGGCCCUCAGCCUGGGGACCCCAACUUCAGGCCCUCCAGCCCCAGACCUGCCAAGCCUGCCCUGCAAAUGCAAGUCCUAUAUGAGUUCGAAGCAAGGAACCCACAGGAACUGACUGUGGUCCAGGGAGAGGUGCUGGAGGUUCUGGACCAGAGCAAGCGGUGGUGGCUGGUGAAGAAUGAGACAGGACAGAGUGGCUACAUUCCCAGCAACAUCCUGGAGCCCCUGCAGUCGGGGACCCCUGGGAGCCAGAGCCAGUUACCCCCUCGGGCUCCAAUGCUUCGACUUAGCUCAAGGCCUGAGGAGGUCACGGCCUGGCUGCAAGCAGAGAACUUCUCCACCGCCACGGUGAAGACACUUGGGCCCCUGACAGGGAGCCAGCUGCUUCACAUAAGACCCGGGGAGCUACAGAUGCUGUGUCCACAGGAGGCCCCACGGGUCCUGGCACGGCUGGAGGCCGUCAGAAGGAUGCUGGGGGUAAGGACACUCUGGGGUCCUGACCCCUACUGGAAAUAUGGGAUGUUCCCUGGACAAGCCAGCAGGCCCAGCCCUGGGGUGGAGGUGAGGUGGCAGUUGCUGGCACAGGUUAUCCUUCCAGGGUCUUGACUUCAUGUGCUCUGGCAUGCCUUGAGGCUCCAACUGAUUGUUGACAUGAGCUGUGGGGGGGCCUCGCCUGGCACCAGCCUCAUCUCAAUCCUUUUCUUUCCUCAGAUGGGCCCUUAAGCACCAACGCAGACACCUCCAAGACCAAGGCCCUCUCACAAACAAGACGGCGGAUCCAUCUUCAGAGCCCCAAGAAUUCCUCUUUCAGGUCCCCAGUUUGCAGCAAACCCCACACCCCAGCUCACACAGCA